AUAUACUGGAGACAGGUUCUAGUAAUAGUGCAGGCAAAAAUUGUGAUGGAGAUAAAGUCACUGAUGAUGAAUCUAAUAUUUUGGGGGAACUUCAGAAAACAAAGGAUUUGCUCAAAAUAUGUCAAUUAGAUUGUCAGCAAAAAACACAAUGUAUUAUAGAUCUUAAUAACAAAAUUUCACAACAGCAGCAUCUAUUAGAAGUUCAAAAGCUUGAAAUUGAAGGAUUGAAACAAAAGCUAAUUGAUUCUUAUAAUCAAUUAAUUAAAGUUCAGGAUGAAAACAAUACCCUUUCUAAGCAGUGGGAUUCACGUUUUAGUAGUCAGCAAAAACAUAUAGAUGCUGCUAGGGAAAUUGCUCCAAGAACUCGUCCUGAAUCAAUUACAGAAUGCCAGAAAUUUCAUGUUCAUCUGAGAAGUUUUAUUAAUCCAGAGGAAAUUAAUUGGAAAAGCUUAGAUGGAGAAUAUGAGCUAAGUGAACAGUUAAAAAAUUUUAGUGAAAUAGCUAAAAAAGCUAGGCAAGAAUAUAUUAUGGAGGUAUUUUAUAAGAAUAACCCAGCUUCUUUAUUUAGACUUAUUCCAAUAACAAAACAGGAAUCAAUUGCUCAAGAAAAUGAAACCCAAAUGACAAAAGCAGAAAUAUUAUUAAAGGUAGAAUCACUCCUUGAGCAAAUGAAUGAGAGUGUUCAAAAAAAAUAUCAUGGAUUAAAAUCAAGAAGUCGAAAUGAAUUAUUAACUAUAUUACAAGAG